AUGCUGAGAUCAGGUGUCAUUUCAAGUCCAGAAACUAUUCCUUUGUGCUUACUUUGCAGGGUUAUGUAUCAAACAACGGAAUAUGAGAAGCCCAAUGAAAACAGCCAUUAUGAAAUGAAAGAAUCAGAGGUUGAGAUAAGGUCAAGAGCUAUAGUUGAAAUCAAUGAUGGAACCGCAUCCAUCCGCACAAGCAUAGCAAGUCCCGAUCUUGAAAAGUUUAUCCAGUUCACUCCUCAAGAAGUUAAGGAUGCAGAAGAGAAAGGAACAAAUGUCUAUAAUAUCAUUUCAUCAUCCAUUGACAAAUCAUCAGUUGUUGCAUUUGCGCAUAAAACAAAAGACAACAACCUUAUCGAAGGAAGUGGUGCUCAAGAAACUGAUCAACACAAACCAGAUAAUAAAGAAAUAGCCACCAUUACUCAACCUACCAUUCUGAAGCCACGCCCAAAUGAACAAGAAGCAAUCAAGGCAGAAUGUUAUGAACAGAGUCGGAAGAACACCCAAUUACAAGUGCAACCGUUGAAGGAAAUUGUAGAUUCAACAGAUGGCGCAAUAACUCAUAUUAAAGAAACCUAUCAACAUAAACCAGAAGAGAAGGAAAGAGUGACAAUUACUCCUGCUACCAUUCUUAAGCGACACAAGAUCAAAUAA